GGUCGUGUCGUUUCGCACCACCGCAGCACAUACGCAAGAACGUGACGGCUUCUGGUCGAAGAAGCAGAAAGCAAAGGCACCUUUUUCACUUUUCGCAUAUAGACAUCUCGCAGAGCCUCGCACCCAGGCAAACCCUCAAUAGACUUCACGUGUUCGUGCACGGCGAACUCGUAGACUCACUUUAGAUCAACCCAAUAAAAGGAAAGAAAAACGUUCGCUUACGAUGGACAAGUCGCAGGUGACCGAGCUCAUUCAGCGCUGGCGCGUGCUGAAGGGUGACCUAACCGAUAAAGGCACAGAGCUGGAAGGCGCGCGCAAGGCCCUGCAGGAGGUGGAAGACGAGCACGCGAAGAUGGUGCAGCAAUGGGACCUUGAGAAGGAGACGAUCCACAACACCAGCGGUGCCAUUGAGGCGCAGGUGGUCAGCAAAAAGGAGGAGGUGCAGCGCAUGGCCCGCGAGACCGAAGAGCUGCUGCGCAAGGUCGAGGAGCGCCGCCGCCGCACCGCAGAGCACCUGCGCGUGUUGCACAAGCGCAUGCAGGUGGUGACGACUCGCACAAAAGAGGCAGAGGACAAGGACGCUGGGGUGCGGGAGCGGCUUGCGACGUUCCAGAAGUCGCGCGACGAAGCCCGUGAGCAGCUGCUGGCGCUGGUGAAGAAGUACGAGACGGCCAUCCCGCAGGAGCAGGCCGCCCACGACGAGAAGAUGCGACAGAUGAGGAGCCGCAUCGCAGAGACGACGGCGGCCACCGAGGCGGAGGCGAAGUCGUGGGCGCUGGAGCAAGCCAUGAAGGAGUGGAAGGCAAAGUCGAACACACACAAGCACGUUUUAGACGAAGUGGCCGCAGCAGAGGAGAGCAAGGACAUCUGGGCAGACCUGUUGCAGGAGGCGAACAACAUUCACAUCCAGGACAACAUGAAGACACUUGCUGAACUGCGGGCCAUGGUGUCGGCAUAA